UGAUGCAAGGAGUUUCUAGGAAAGCGCGGAGACCAGGUCUGACAGAAACUCUUGGACUGUGAAUUGAAACACAAGCAGGUGGACCCACGAUGGCGUCUCCGGCGGAGAGUUGCAUCCAGUUCACCCGACACGCCAGCGACGUCCUCCUCAAUCUCAACCGCCUUAGAAGCAGGGACAUUCUGACAGAUGUCGUGAUUAUCGUCAACCGGGAGCAGUUCCGAGCCCACAAGACCGUCUUGAUGGCCUGCAGCCGAAAUUUCAGUACCUUCCAGUACCUUGAGCCCAUUCUUGCGUGUCCUGGAAACCACCUCGAGGUUAUAACACUGAAGUGCAAUUUGAACAUCAUCACCUUGGAUCCCGAGAUCAACCCUGAAGGGUUUGGAAUCCUCCUGGACUUCAUGUACACCUCCCGUCUCAACCUGCGGGAAGGCAGCAUCAUGGCGGUCAUGACCACCGCCCUUUACUUGCAGAUGGAGCACGUGGUGGAUACUUGCCAGAGGCUUCUGAACUCCAGUGAAACAGAAAUGGUGUCGGCUGUGAAGGCUCCUCGGGAAGAGUUUCUGGCCGGCCGGAUGCUGAGCCACCCGGAGAUGAUGGCGUACAGGCCGAGGGAAAUGUCGGACAAUAGCUUGCCUCUUCGGAACGGGCCGAUUUGCGACGGGAGGGCCUUCGUCCCCGGCUUGUACGGCGGACUCUCGGGAUCCCCUCUCUCCUACACUGGAUACAACACCAUGCCUGUCGGCGGUUAUCUCUUCUCGGAUGAAGAGUUGCGAGAGUCACGGAUGCCCCUCUCGGAUGUAUCGAGAGGCCAACCUUUCCCCCGAGAGCGAGCCCUGCCAUGCGGCGGGUCCCGGACGAGCACCGCGGAGUACGCCCGGGCGGUGGCCGACGCCUCUCCUAGCAUAUGCCACAGCGCGGUCUCCUCUCCGAGGGAAGCGGUAGCUGAAGAGGUCAAAACCGAUGUGCACUAUAGCGCCCCCGCAGGGCCCAAGCCUGUCACCCCCUUGGCCCGUAACAAUGCGUACUUUGCUCUGGACAAAUCUUCGGGCAAGGACGAAGACCUGGCCCCGGCCGAAGAGGAGAUUGGCCAGCGCUUUGAGCCGACCAACACGCCGGUCAAUCGCAAGGUCCUCGUCAGCCCCCAGAGUCCCCAGAAAUCGGACUGCCAGCCCAACUCCCCCACGGAGUCCAGCAGCAGCAAGAACGCCACCUGCAUCGGCCCGGGCUCGGCCCCUCUGUCGGCCAAAAGCCCCAGCGACCCCAAAGCCUGCAACUGGAAGAAGUACAAGUUCAUCGUCCUCAACUCGCUCAACCAAGGCGCUAAGCAGGACGGCUCCGAGCAGAACGAGCCGGGGACCCUCUCCCCGCGGCCCUACGUGCCCUCGCUGGCUUGCCAGCCGUCGAUGGAGCCCGAGAUGUUGGGGGUGCAGUCACCCACCAAAAUGAACACCAACGGGGAGGACUCGACCAUCCCUCAAGCGAGCAGGCUGAACAACCUGGUGAACAGUGUCUCCCAGUUAAACCACCGCCAAAGAAUGGCACCGGUAACGGCCCUACUCUGUGCUCAUGUGUGUAUGUGUGUGAGCCCAUGGGCGCCCCCAAGCUUGCUUAUCUCACCGCCCUCCCUCUUCCUCUCUCGGUCUCUGGCAGAGAAUGGUACCUUUUUCUGCAACGAGUGCCACUGCAGGUUUUCGGAAGAGGCGGCUCUGAAGAGACACUCUCUCCAAAUGCACAGUGACAAGCCGUAUAAGUGUGACCGGUGCCAGGCUUCCUUCCGCUACAAGGGGAACCUAGCCAGCCAUAAAACCGUCCACACAGGUGAGAAGCCUUACCGCUGCAGUAUCUGCGGGGCCCAGUUCAACCGGCCGGCCAACCUGAAGACUCACACGCGGAUCCAUUCGGGGGAGAAGCCCUACAAAUGCGAGACCUGCGGGGCGAGAUUUGUACAGGUUGCGCACCUCCGAGCUCACGUGCUCAUCCACACUGGCGAGAAACCCUAUCCAUGUGAAAUCUGUGGUACACGCUUCAGGCACUUGCAGACCCUCAAAAGUCACCUUCGCAUCCACACCGGAGAGAAGCCCUACCAUUGUGAAAAGUGCAACCUCCAUUUUCGCCAUAAAAGCCAGCUGCGCCUUCACCUUCGCCAGAAGCACGGCGCCAUCACCAACACGAAGGUCCAGUAUCGGGUCUCGGCGGUCGAGGUGGCGCCCGGGCUCUCCAAGACUUGCUAAAACAAAAAAAAACAAAACAGAACAG